AUGAGCCAAUCCCACGGAGAUGUCAGUCACUCCCGCGACGACGCCAGCCGAUCUCGCACCCGCACCCGCACCCGCUCUCCUUUCCGAAGACUAGAGAGCCGAGAAAGGAGUCCAAUAAAGCGCGACGAGGUAUACACGCAGGCGACCUCUCGACCCCACCAGGGCAGGUUCGAGGUUCGCGGAGAAUCCCAAAGAAGGAAGGCCAAGAAACAACAGGAACCCAUAAUCAUGGGGGCCACCCCCUUCCAUCCCUCAAUCCUCAAGGUCCUGCUUCCGAAGAAUUUCGAAAAAUCGACAGACAUGAGGUACGACGGGACCAAGGAUCCCCAGGAGCACCUAACAGCUUUUGAAGCAAGGAUGAACUUGGAAGGAGUAGGCGACGUGGUCAGAUGCCGAGCAUUCCCUGUGACGCUGGCCAGCCCAGCGAUCCGAUGGUUCAACGCCCUCCCACAAGGGUCCAUUGCGACCUUCGUGGACAUCUUCCAAAGCUUUCUGGCUCGGUUCACGACACGCAUAGCCAAGGCAAAACACCCAAUUAACUUGCUAGGGGUCACCCAGAAACCCGGGGAACCGACUAGAAAGUUUUUGGACAGGUUCAACGAUGAAUGCUUGGAAAUUGACGGCCUCACGGACUCGGUCACUAGUCUUUGCCUAACAAACAGCCUGCUAAACGAGGACUUUAGGAAGCACCUCACAACUAAGCCUGUAUGGACUAUGCAGGAAAUUCAAAGUGUGGCCAUGGAAUACAUCAAUGAUGAGGAAGUAAGUCAGGUUGUAGCAGCCAAUAAGUGGCAGCUCCCUAACUCUUCAGCGCGGCAGGUCUCCCAGGUCGAUAGAUACCAGGAGACCCCCAGGGACGGAACCCCAGCCAAGCAGCACAAACAACCUUCGUGA